UGUAGCCUGACUCCUUUCAGUUCUCCGAGACGCUUGGCAGAGCACGGCAAGCAAAUGCGGACGCGCAGUCCCAGACUAGAAGUCAAUCGGCCUCCGGAGUUUGCCAUAUUUGACCAUAUUUCUGACAGACUGACAGACUGGAGCCCACAGCUCGACAUAUCAGUGAUGCGAUCCACGGUCUGCCGAUGUAGUACCUCGCCUGAUACAUUCGCAACGUCAUGGAGGGCUUCUGCUGGGCAUGCCACAUGUAUAAAAGGGCAUCUCUGCAUCGCUGCUCCUCAGCUCUUCUUUCUCUUCGAGCCCAACCCAAGUACAGGCUCUGGCAGCCGUACUUUUUAUUGACGACCUACAUUCUUUACGCCUGCACUACUACCUCACGCACCAGUCACCAUGCGCCCCUCCACCUUCCGGUGAUUCGGAGCUGCUGGAGGCACGCAACCCUUGGGAACCGCCCCGUCCCCCCACUCCUCACCCCAGGCCCCGCCCCCGCCCGGGCCCGAAGCUCCGGAGGUCCACGCUGGAGGAAUAUGUUGAGCGCAGCUUUGGCUCCGAUGAUGUGGAGUUCCUGGAGGCACGCAACCCCUGGGAACCGCCCCGUCCACCCACCCCUCACCCCAGGCCCCGCCCCCGCCCGGGCCCAAAGCUUCGGAGGUCCACGGAUUUCGACGAUGCGGAGUUGCUGGCGAGAAUGGAUUUGAGCGAAUGGGAUGAGUUGGAUUAAACAGCCUGGAUCAGAGGCUGUAGCUUGGCAUAUGGUUUGCACUCGUUAUGUACCAAGCUUGUAGU